GAAAUUUCAAGUUCAAUGUUUACAGUUGAGAUAAUGUCUCGUUCAACUGCUCUUAGACGAUCAAGUCGAUUGUUAUUAUUUUUUAAGUUUGAUUAGUUUGAGUUUUGAUUUCCUCUCUCUUUUUCUCUCUCUCAAUUUUCUAAUCAUCUUAUUGUUUUUAUUAAUUGAUAAUCAAUUAUAAGUUUUAUUAUCUUUUAUAAAAUUUUAUUCAUUAAUACCUAAAUACUGAAUAGGCUUUUGACCUUCUUGUUUUACACAAGAUGAUUACAAUUGAAUUAAUCUUUGAUAUUUAAAUUAAAUAAUGGAAUUUUAAAAUUUUAUUUAUUACAUUUAUCAAUGGUACAGUCAUUGACUAUGUUGGCUAUAGUUGUUAAUUAACCUAUUCAACAAUACCUACAUGAAUAAAUUUCGGGUGAAAUGGAAAACUCAAAUUCAGCUGUGGCUAAACGUCUCCCGGAUAAAGUGUCUCAACUAUACUACUCCUAUGGCUUAUUUUGCGCUUCUCAUCCGAUUGUAUCAUUAAUAAUUUCUUCUGUGACUGUAGUUCUAUGCAGCUUAUCACUGUUUGGAUCACCCUUAUUUAGUAAUGUAGCACAUUCAACUAUAACACCAAGUUAUAAACCAGAAAAUAUAACAAAUCGAUGGUUUAAUGGCCAACCCAGUGUGUAUAUUCAACAAAUUAUCAUAAGAUCAAUGGUAACUCCGUGGACAGAGAAUUUAAUUCUAUCAGAUGCCUUUAGAGGCCCUUUGGCUGAAUCGUUCAAAUUAGUUGAGACUAUAAGAAACUAUCAAAUAGAUAAUAAAAUAUCCUUGAAUGAUGUCUGUCUACAUGUAGAAAACAUUAACUCUGAUUCAAAAAUAUUACCAGAAUACAGUUGUUUACUGAUAUCACCAACUAAUUUGUGGCAUCAAAAUCCAGAGGAGUUUCGUACUGAUAAUACUCUUGAGAAAACUAUUUUUGCUUUUCAGAGUUCGUCUCAUAUAAAAAUAAGUAUUCCUGAAUUACUUUUCGGAAUGCCUCUUAAAGAAACUGGAAUAAGAAGAUAUUCUAUGCAUCCUCGGCAAAGAAUAGUUCAAUUUGCUAUUACAAUAUUUAUGAAACAGCUUGUACCAUCAUAUAUACAAGGAUUAAAAAAUCAUUUGAUGCAAUUAUAUCCUAUACAUGUUAAAUCAAAUCAAAUUCUCUCGGACACAUCAACUUUGCAUGUUUACUAUCCUGGAGAGUUCAAUUAUGAAACAAUUUUUUUUUUAGUAACUUGCUACAUACUUCUAUUUGCAUAUAUUUAUUAUUCUAUAAAAAAAAUGGAUAUAUUUGUAUCUAAGGUAGGAAUAAGUUUUGGGGCUGUUCUUACAGUUAUAUCAACUCUUUUAACAACAAUGGGACUAUGUUUUAUUUUUGGACUAGAUUUUACAAUUAAUAUUCAAAGUCAAAUGGUAUUUCCUUAUUUAGUUAUUGUUGUUGGUCUUGAAAAUAUGUUAAUUAUUAUCAAAUCAGUGGGUUCAACAGCACCAAAUUUAGAUGUAAAAAUAAGAUUAGCUCAAGGAUUGAGUAAAGAAGGAUGGGCUAUAACUCAAAAUCUUUUAAUUGAGGUUACUAUUUUAACCAUUGGAUUAUUGACUUUUGUACCAUCGAUUCAAGAAUUUUGUAUAUUUGCCAUUGUGGGUUUGCAAUGUGAUUACUUUUUUCAAAUGGUCUUUUUUCUUCCACUCAUAUCAUUGAAUAUGAAAUUAAUAGAUGACUCUACUUAUCAAAAAACAUAUUACCCAUUUUCAUUUGCCAAUUUAGCUAAUAAAAUGCACAAGUCUAACCCUCCUGCUUUAAAACAUUCAAGUCGUAGUGGUGUGAUGAUGAAGUCUGCUUCUCAUCCACGUUUGAAUGGCUUACAAGUUAUGGCUCCAAUAGAAGAUCCACGACGAUCACCAAUUUCUAAACGUUUAAGAUUCCUAUAUUUUUGGGCAGCUACAAGAAUUGUUCAACGUGUAUUAAUGAUGGUUAUGAUAUUUUGGAUUUCUGGCAUAAUUUAUAAUACAGAAACUGUACAAGAAUUUUUUGACUUGAAAGAAUCUGCUUCAACUGAAUCACCAAAUAUUCAACAACGGUCAAAUAUACAUUUUCCCCUGGCAUGGGAAGAAGGCCGAAGAGCUGUUAUUAUUGAAAACAAAGCUAGAGUUGCUGAAGAAGAAAAUCAAUUGCACAAAAAGGCUAAUGAAUCUAAAGAAAAUGAUUCACCAUAUUAUGUACAACUUUUAAACUCAGAAAACUGGCCCCACUGGCCUAGAUUGUCUUGGUAUAAUUGGCAAUUAUUAUUAGACAUGUAUAAUAUUAGUGUUGCUAGAUCAUAUGUAUCUAUAUUACAACCUAUACAUUUGGCUCAUUCUGUAACACCCCAGGAAGCUAUAACGUUAAGAGAAUCUCUAAGUAAUACUGAUGCAUCUAUUCCAUCUCAUUGGAAGUCUUUUGCGGCUGUUCUUGAUCCUUUUGAUUUUGUUGAUACUCAUAUAGUAGCACCAUUAGAGAGUCGAAAAGACAUUAAUGUUGAUAAAUCAUCUGAACCUUUUAUACCUACUUCACCAUCAGAAUUAAUCCUAAUAGCUGUUUUAUGCUUGAUUAGUUUACUUGUAUUAGUGUAUACAUUGGUAAUGUUGUAUCGAUGUGUCUGUAGUCGUAAUUAUGCUGAAUGGAGAGCAGGAUGGAGCCACGACAUGAGUUAUGUACAGCAAGACUCUGGUAUACAAGUUAUAUUAGAAGUAGUUCCAAUUGAAUUUAAAGGACAUGCCCAGCCAGUUGAAUGUAUUGCUACCUAUGGAAAUAUUAUUGUUAGUACAUGUCUCGCUGGUUGUAUUUAUGUUUGGAAUUCUUUAACUGGUGAAUUGAUUUGUACCAUUGAUAGAUCUAUUUUAGAUGAUGCCAGUGACGAAGAUACUGAUGAAUUAAGUUCAUCGGAAGAUGUAUUUAAAGGUGUUAAUAAUUCCGAUUCUAAUUCUACUUCAGCUUAUAGUUUUCAAGAGCCUUUAAAAAAUUCAGAACAAUUAUGUGUGAGGUGCAAGAAAUUAAUUUCUAUUGAAAACUCUAGUUCUGAUACAAUAAAUCAGGAUGAAAAUAAAGUGUGGUCUACUAUUGACUCAGAUCAAUAUAAUGAAUGGGGAAGUCAAUCUAAAAAGAUUUCUGAAAGUGAAAUCUAUGUAAAUUCCCGAAUAUGGUGUGUUGAUUGUAAUGAAAAUGUUGUUGUUCUGGGAUGUGCUGAUGGUUCUUUACAAUUUUGGGAUUUAUACAAAGGGAUUCUUAAAUGUAUGUGGCAAGGAGACGUGAAUGAUGGAUUUACAGCAAUUAAAUUAAUCAAUAAAUAUGUGGUAGCUGUAAGAUUGAACGGGUGUCUAGAAUUUUUCAAACUAGAUAUUUUUAGUGAUUCAACUCUGAUAGAAUCUAUAAAAAGGCCCAAAAAUAAAUUACCACUUAGAAAGUACGUGCGAACUGGAAGUGUAGGAUCAUCUCUUCAUACAUUAAAUUUGUCAAACGAUACUGUAAGAUGUCUUCAUUUAGAAUCCCUAAAAGCACAUAAUCAACCAAUUACAGUUCUUGAAACAAAUGGAGCAUACAUUGUUACUGGAAGCCAAGAUCACAUGCUUAAGGUGUUUAGAAUUGAAGAUCGACAGUUAUUAUACACGUUGCAUGGCCAUUAUGGACCAAUUACAUGUUUAUUUAUUGAUCAGGUAAAUCCAAACAUGGCAGUUUCAGGAAGUCAAGAUGGAAUGUUGUGUGUUUGGGAUUUAAUUACUGGUACUUGUAUGUAUACAGUUCAAAGUCAUGAUGGAGCCGUUUUAGGUUUAACAUGUUCAGCUAGUUAUGUUAUUAGCAUUGGUCAGGAUGAUAAAAUUUGUGUGUGGGAUAGAUUUUAUGGUCAUCAACUCAACAGUAUUCAAAUUAGCAAUGUCUAUUGUUAUGAUUUAGCAAUGUUAACACAUAAUUUGCUGAUUACUUCUAAACAAGGUUGUAUAGUUAUUAUGGACGUGCAAACAGGUGAUCCAGUUAAAGUGUUUAGCUUAGGGGAUUCUGAUUGUAAUGUUGUUAAUCAAUUGUUAACAUUGUCAGACAGCAUUGUAUGUGAUUAUGGUACAGAGUUGCGUGUUGUACGAUUUCCAAUGGUUGCUACUAAAGAUGAUUGAAUUAUUUCAACAUUUUUGAUAAAUUUCUUUUCUGAGUACAGUUUUAUUUUUAUAUUGUGUUGUUGAU